UCUGAAAAUCGAGGACGUGAUACUUGAUCAUCGUCUACUGGGAGUCUGAUCUAAACAUGGAUGGCAACUGCUCGGGAAGAUAGCACUGAUUUAGGAGUCACCUCCUGCUCCAUUCUGAAGAUCAAUCUGCCAGGUACACUUCAUCGAUAUUAUUUUGGAUCCGGAUGGGUCUCUCGCUGUGGCUGGUGCCCAAUCCCGCUCAAUUGCAACUUAUCCAAAAGGUGUUGCCAAAGCAGCCUGAGACACGUCCAGUGUCCGCUGCUUCCUAUCCAGAGAUAACCCCUCAUAUCACACUGGCAAGCUCGAGAAAGGCAACGCAGGAUGCACUUCUACGAGCCAUACCAUCUACUUUGCAUCCAAUCCCAGUCGAGUUCCAGAAGCUUGAGGUCGGCGAUCAUUAUUUUAGGUCUGUCUUCAUAUCUGUGAAGAAGACGACCGAACUCGUCGCGCUGCAUGAACAUAUUAUGGCCGCGCUUGACAGGGAUGGAGCAUCGCCUUCAGCCCCAGCAUUUCUGCACGUGUCCAUCAGUUAUAUUGCAGAUGAAGAUGGGGUUGCUGAGCGGAAGAAGGCCGCUGAUGAGCUGCGGGCCACCACAGUUGUUGAGGGUCCAGAGACGGGCCUAGAUGAUGCAGAAUCAGUUGUUCUUCGCUGUGGGGACUCCGAGGGAGGGCGUGUGUGCCUCACGGGCUUUGAAGGCACAGAGGUGUGGAUCGUCCGGUGCGAAGGACCGGUACAACACUGGCAAGUGUUACAUAAAACAACAGCGACACCAGGCGUUGCCCAGGAUUGAGGACUAGGUUCAUGGUGACAAUAACGACAGGACUCCAUUACUGCAGUGUAGGUUUGUUACAUGAUGUACGGAAUAAGGAAUUGUAGUGAUACAAUUAUUUUUCGAGAUUGGUUGGGAGGUGCGAGGAACGAUUGGUAUGCGGACUAGAUCAACGUGAGUGAAAGCGGGA